AUGAAUAUCGUCAUUCUUCUAUGUUUUCUUCACGAUGUUAUUGGAUUCUUUUUCCCUCCACAAGGGCAAGCGACGGAUAGUAAGAAUUGUUUGUGUGGUUUUCCAUGCUUGAUCAAUGUUGGAAGCUGCCGUCAGUGCUUUGAAAUGAACUGUCCCACUCGAUUGGCACCCAGUUACAUUCCAACCACUUCAUCACCCUAUAAACAACAAUCAUAUUCACAACUAUCGAUGCCCUAUGAUCUACGGCCGUCUGGGGUUGUGUCGCUUUCGAGGCCGUACCGCUCUCGUGGUCAUCCGAUACCGAGAGCUGUUAAUCUUCCGACGUUCAUCAAUAACUGGCCCGUACCUUCACCCAGCCUCGUUCAAGUGCCACCUUCAACAACGUUGACUGAAAACAAUGGCCUUUCUGACGUAGACAGAUUGCUCCUGCUAGGAACAGCAGGCAGAAAAGAACUGCUACAUUCGGCUGAGGUUCCACAAAGCGCAUCGCCUACACCAUCGCAGCCUUCUUCGCCAGCGGGUUUCACGAUCGUUUCCACCUUACCUCCUGAACCAGCCUGGACAACCUCAGCUACUCCUCCAGAAGAGCAAAACGAUAAUCCUGAACCUAUUCCUAUUCCUUCAACUAGGAUUCAAACCAAUCCUGAACUAUUGUUGGGGAUUUCCAUCACGCCUUCUGUAGAGGGAAGAACGAAUGAACCGAGCUCCACUACGACAGCUGCCACGGUAGAUCCUUCUGAUCAUUUAUUCGUACCUGAUACUGUAGUUGACAGCGUAACGAAUGUGACGCCACUCUCCAAUAUCGCUGACAGUGAUUAUACCUCCGAAAAAUACUUUGAUUUUGCAACGGACGCCUUGAAUUUAGAAGAAACGACAACUAAGCAAAACAAUCAAGGAACUGCAACCAUCACGUCAGUAGUUGAACGCCCGCCUCCACCAGUAGUAGUGGAAACUACGCACAUUGAAGUAUAUCAUCCCCAAGAGGAAUUUUUUCCGGAAUCAAGUGAAAACAGCGUUAAAACUACAAUUCCUUCGGAUUUUCCUAAGGAUUCUCCACGAGAACCAUCUGAACACUUUUCGACAGCUGCCGUUACUUCAAAUUUGGUUUCUUCGUCACUAUCUCCGAUCGGGGAGAACUCGUUAUUCUGGAUGAAUGCCCCUCUGUCUCCUCCCCGGAUGAAUACUCUAGAUGAAAAAUUUGGUGAAGGAUUAUCAGGCCAGGAAAGAGCGAAUGCUGGGUUGUACGCAACUGCCCCAAUCAGAAGGGUCCGUGGAGAUCCACUCGAGAGAUCCAGAGUCUUUUAUUCGAAAUGGGGCAGCAAAUACCGUAGUUUGCGCCGAGGCAGUGGUGUUGUCGGCAAACAUCAUCGGAGAGAAGACAUCCUUUUGAAAAAGAACGCCUUUGCAAAAAGACUAAGAAAAGCGAGGAAAAUAAAGCCUGCUGUAGGGAUGACUCUGUCAGAGAUAAAUGCGAAACCGAAACCGAAAUGCAAUAGCCCUGUUCUGAAGAAUAUUAUGCGUCAGAAAAUGACCUUUUCUACGACCGUAUCCAAGCAGAUGAUCUACUCAGCAGCUACAAUGAACUAUCCAGGGAGAAUCGUCAACGUGAUCUGCUCUCACCACUCAUUUUCAUACAUUGUGGUGACAUCACCGAUUUAUUGUGAGCAUAGGAAAGCUCGCCUUACCUGUUUCACAUUUUUGCAGCCGUAG